UGAGUAUGGUUUCAUUUCUCUCAUGAUCGCUUCCGCCCAUUAUAACGGUGUCAUCAAUGGGCGCGCGGCCAGGUGUGUUGUGUGCGUAGGCGGUUGCACGUGAAGCGCCGUGAUGGCCCGCAGGUCAGAUGUGGUGAAGAAAGUACUACGGUUCAAACUUCAGCUCUCAGACACGACAGCGCCUGCUACGGUUCUAAAAAUAUUGCAGAAACUCAAGGAUCUGGAUAUCACAUUAGACAUUCUUGCUGAAACUGGAAUUGGCAAAACGGUGAAUUCCUUGCGCAGACAUGAGCUGGCUGGAGAAUUUGCCAAGUCGCUUGUUAAAGGUUGGAAGACGUUGCUCCAUAAAGAAUCUGCAAGCUGCGGUGAAGAUGGGGCUUUGGCAGAGAGUGUUCCUGUUAAGGGUGGACUGGAUGAUCGAAGCUGUACAGAUAAUGAAAGUUCGGUAGACGUAAACGAUAACUUCAUAACAUCUCAGUGUAACAAUCAGGAUUCUUUAGAUGAGGCGCCAUUCAAAACAGGGAAGAGGAAAGCUGAUUCAGAGAAAGAACAGUGCGAGGAGCAGGAAAGAAAACUGGAGCAGGAAAAAAAACACGAACCGAGUCCAAACCAGAAUAUCUUGCAGAGUGACUUUUUGACAAAGAAAACUGAAAUGCAGGAGGACAAAAUGGACGACUCUGUCCUGUUGAAGAAGAAGAAGAAACAAUGUCAGAGUGAUAGAAAACCAGGAGACAGUGCUGCUUUGAUUGGAAGCAACAACUAUGAGGGCACUCGUGAUCAGAAAUCCAGAUCUGAUUCCAGGGAGAAAACCCUUGAGACUGGAAAAUGUGGGUCAGAAAAUGAAUCUAAUACAAAAGCCUCAAAAGAGUCAUCACCAUCUGAGUCCAGUGACAAAUGCACAACAAUGUUAAAACUGGACAAAGAUCACGAUGAUCAAACAGGAUCUGCAAGAAUAUCCAGGAGCUCUGAGACUCACAAGAGAAAAAAGACAAAAACGGAGAAGUAUGACGCUUCAAAACGCAAAUCGGGUUCUGAAAAUAAGGGACGUUCAAAACACAAAAAGGCUAAAAUAAAGCACAAGGAUGAUGACAAAGACCAAAAGGAACCAUCCAUGUCUUUUGAAUCUUUCUUGAACUAUGAUGUGGAUGUUUCCAAGAGAAAAGAACGAUCAGGAACAAGGAAAUCUAAAAAAAUCAAGACGUUGGUAAAAGAGCAACAGACAAAGGAAUCUGGUAUAAAACCUGCAAAGUCGCCUGUUGACUUUCCAACGCAGAUGUUUCAGGGGCCUAUAAUGGACCUGAUCAACGUUCCCUUACCUGCUGUUCUGCUUCAAUGUGAAAAACCCUCUAGUGCUGUGUACUUUGAGAGUAAAGCUGAGAGGGAGUUGGAUUCCUGUGACGUGUCCGAGGAGACAACAGUCUUCACCGGCCAAAGACUGAAGAAGAAGAUGCAAGUGUACUCCGGAGCCAAGACCGCAUCCCUCCCAGCUAUGAUGAGCUUGUACCAACAGUGCAUUCGCGCUCUCCAGAACAACAUAAAUUUGCUUCAUGAAACCGGAGGAGUCCCGUUUGAAAUCCUGGAGCCGGUGCUGGAGAGGUGUACGCCAGAGCAGCUGCUACGCAUCGAAGAAUGCAACCCAAUCUACAUUGGAGCGACAGACCACCUGUGGGGAAAACACUGUCAGAGGGACUUCAAAGAUUUCAAACUUCAAGAGUAUGAAUCGUGGAAAGAGAUGUACAUCAGGCUGUCUGAGGAGAGGGAGAGGAAACUCCAAAGACUGACACAAACCAUUGUAUCUGCACAUUCAAACAAACCCAAAGGUCGGCAGGUGAAGAUGGCAUUUAUUCACUCUGUUGCCAAGCCACCGAGAGACGUGCGAAUUCAGCAGGAAAUUCAUGGAACUGCUGCUCAGCAGCCUCCUCAGCUCAGGUGCAGUGCCAAGAUUCAGGAUAACCGAUCUCGGCCGAGUUGUAACGAGCCCAGUAAGUCCAGCAGCACCAGUUCAGCAGGAAGCUCAAACUCUCAAGAUCCUCGCAAAAAAACAAGAGUUGCUCCAAUGAUGGCAAAGUCCUUAAAGGCAUUUAAAAAACAGCUGGGACGCAGAUAAAGGCUCAUAUACUAUGUCGUUAAAUGUACUCUGUUUCUCAUUAACUAUGUUCACUUAAGAUUAUUCUGUGUUGUUGUCUAAAUAUACUGGCAAUAGGGUAAUUGUCAUGUUUUUUUCUGUGAAUUGUCUUCACUAUUAAAUGGACAAUGAAGUUGGCAAAUUCA